CGUCCGAACGCGACACCACUAUCGUACUGUUAAAUAAACAAAUCGUCUAAAGUCUAGUGUUUUCUCAAAGUUUGUGUGCUAAUGUGUUAGUGUCAUGAAUAACAGGAGACUUAGAAGGGACAGCUACCAAGACAUCGCCGGCAGAGAUAUCGAGUUGUCGAACAUUAACUACCCCGUGCAGCGGGCGUCGUAUAAACAACGUGGCAGGCUUGGACUCCGUUACCUUUGGUAUCACGCGAAAAAAUGGCGCCGGAUGGAUGAGGAUGAGGCGACGGCAUCAGGCGUGUCGGAAGGCCCAGGCGGCGCGGCGGGCGACCAUCGUAUCAUUUUUGUCAACCGGCCGCAGCCGCAGAAGUUUGUCAGCAACACAAUAUCCACCGCCAAGUACAGCGUACCGUCCUUCGUGCCGCUGUUCCUGUUCGAGCAAUUCCGGCGCUACUCGAACUGCUUCUUCCUGCUGAUCGCGCUGCUGCAGCAGAUCCCCGACGUAUCUCCCACCGGCCGCUGGACCACGCUCACGCCCCUCGUCCUCAUCCUCAGCGUCAGCGCCAUCAAGGAAGUCGUCGAGGACUUCAAGCGGCAUAGAGCGGACGAUGAGACCAACCGCCGCAAGGUGGAGGUGCUGCGCGGCGCCACCUGGCAACUGGUGCGCUGGCAGCGGCUGCAGGUCGGCGACAUCUGCCGCGUCCUCAACAACCAGUUCUUCCCCGCGGACCUCGUGCUUCUCGCGUCCAGCGAACCCCAGGGCAUAUCAUUUAUCGAAACGUCGAACCUGGACGGCGAGACGAACCUGAAGAUCCGUCAGGCGACACCGGAGACUGCGCGGCUCGACAACCUCGGCGCGCUGGCCGACUUCCAGGCCACCAUACAGUGCGAGUCGCCCAACAGGCACCUCUACGAGUUCAACGGCAUGCUCAAGGAGACCAACACCAGGUCGGUGCCGCUGGCGCUGGACCAGAUGCUGCUGCGCGGCGCACUGCUGCGCAACACGGCCUGGGUGCACGGCGUGGUCGUCUACACCGGACACGAGACCAAGCUCAUGAUGAAUUCCACCAAAGCGCCCCUGAAGCGGUCGUCCAUCGACAAGCAGACCAACACCCACAUCCUGAUGCUGUUCAUGAUCCUGCUGGCGCUGUCGCUGCUGAGCGCCGGCUGCAGCGAGCUGUGGGCGCGCGCUCGUCACACCGACACCGACUGGUACCUCGGCCUCGACGAGGCGCAGAAUGCAAAUUUCGGAUUCAACUUUUUAACAUUUUUGAUAUUGUACAAUAAUCUUAUUCCUAUAUCCUUACAAGUGACGGCGGAAAUCGUACGAUUUUUUCAAGCGAAGUUCAUAGCCAUGGACGGCGAGAUGUACCACGCGGAGUCCGACACCCCCGCCCUCGCCCGCACCUCCAACCUCAACGAGGAGCUGGGCAUGGUGCGCUACGUGUUCAGCGACAAGACCGGCACCCUCACCUGCAACGUCAUGGACUUCCACAAGUGCUCCAUCGCAGAGAUAAUUUACAACCGGCCGGGACCCAACGAGAAGUUAGAAGACACGCUGCUGUAUCAGAACCUGCAGCGCAACCACCCCACUGCGCCCGUCAUCCGCGAGUUCCUCACCAUGCUGGCCAUCUGCCACACCGUUAUACCGGAGCUGGUCGACGGCAAGAUCAACUAUCACGCCGCCUCGCCAGACGAGCGCGCGCUGGUGAUGGGCGCCGCGUCCUUCGGCUACGUGUUCGAGACGCGCACGCCGGAGGGCGUGGUCGUGCGGCUGGGCGCGGCCGGCCCCGCCUCCUUCUCCGUGCUGCACGUGCUCGCCUUCACCUCCGCGCGCAAGCGCAUGUCCGUCAUCGUGCGCACCCCCAACGGUCAGAUCCGGCUGUACUGCAAGGGCGCGGACUCGGUGAUCUACCCGCGGCUGGCGGGCGGGGCGCAGCAGGCGCGCUACGCCCAGGCCACGCUGGCGCACCUCGAGCACUUCGCCGCCGAGGGUCUGCGCACGCUCGUCUUCGCCGUCGCCGACAUACCUGAUCAAGUCUACGCGGACUGGUGCAACACUUACCACAAGGCGAGCAUCGCGAUACAGGACCGCGAGCAGAAACUGGAGGAGGCCGCGCUGCUCAUCGAGAACAACCUGCGCCUGCUGGGAGCCACCGCCAUCGAGGACAAGCUGCAGGACGGCGUGCCGGAAACGAUAGCGGCGCUGCUGAAGGCCAACAUCAAAGUGUGGGUGCUGACGGGCGACAAGCAGGAGACCGCCAUCAACAUCGCCCACUCCGCCCGCCUCAUACACGCCGCCAUGCCGCUCGUGCUGCUCAACGAGGACAGCCUCGACGGCACGAGGGAGACGCUGUCCCGCCACUGCGCCGACUUCGGCGACAACCUGCGCAAGGAGAACGACGUCGCACUCAUCAUCGACGGCAAGACCCUCAAGUAUGCGAUGGGCUGCGACCUCAAGAAGGACUUCCUCGACCUCUGCCUCUCCUGCAAGGUGGUCGUCUGCUGCAGGGUCUCCCCCAUACAGAAGGCUGAGGUGGUGGAGCUGGUGUCGCGGGCCACGGGCGCGGUGACGCUGGCCAUCGGCGACGGCGCCAACGACGUGGCCAUGAUCCAGCGCGCCUCCGUCGGCGUCGGCAUCUCCGGCGUCGAGGGUCUGCAGGCCGUCUGCGCCUCCGACUACAGCAUCGCCCAGUUCCGCUUCCUGCUGCGGCUGCUGCUGGUGCACGGCGCGUGGAACUACUCCCGCAUCAGCAAGCUCAUCCUCUACUCCUUCUACAAGAACAUCUGCCUCUACGUCAUCGAGCUCUGGUUCGCGAUAUACUCCGCCUGGUCCGGACAGAUCCUGUUCGAGCGCUGGACCAUCGGCUUCUACAACGUGAUAUUCACGGCGCUGCCGCCCUUCGCCAUCGGACUCUUCGACAAGCUGUGCUCGCCCGAGAUCAUGCUGAGGCAUCCGGUGCUGUACAUCCCGUCGCAGCAGGGGCUGCUGUUCAACGUGCGCGUCUUCUGGAUCUGGGCGGUGAACGCGCUGCUGCACUCGGUGCUGCUGUUCUGGCUGCCCAUGCUGCUGGCCAGCCACCACGUGCUGUGGCCCAGCGGCAAGGACGGCGGCUACCUCGUCGUCGGCAACUUCGUCUACACCUACGUGGUGCUGACGGUGUGCCUGAAGGCGGGGCUGGCGACGCACUCGUGGACCUGGGUGACGCACUUCUCCAUCUGGGGCUCCGUCGCCCUCUGGUUCCUCUUCAUACUCAUAUACAGCAACGUGUACCCAGUGGUGGGAGUGGGCGCGGUGAUGCGGGGGAUGGACCGCAUGGUGUUCAGCUCGCUGGUGUUCUGGUUCGGGUUGCUGCUGAUCCCCGUCGCCGCGCUGGUGCCGGACCUCGUCGUCACUGUUAUUCACAACUCUGCGUUCAAGACGAUGACGGAGGCGGUGCGCGAGAGCGAGAUAAAGAAACGCGACCCCGCCGCGCUCCUCGCACAACCCCGACACUCGAUACUGAUUCCAUUUGAUGUUUCUACUGCAAGUUGGACAUACCUGAGAUAUAUGAUUAGAGGAAUCACAGCCAUAAAAUGCCUGACGGAGACGGCGCGCCUGCUGCAGAACGUGCGCAGCGUGUUCGGGCGCCGCUCGGCCGCGGGCGCCGCCGCAGACCUCGAGCUGUCGCAUGGGUUCGCGUUCUCGCAAGAGGAGGGCGGCACGGUGUCGCAGGCGGACGUCAUCCGCGCCUACGACACCAGCCAGCCGAGGCAGACGCACACCUGAGCCGGCGCCGGCUCGCCCCGCCCACCGCUCCGGCGACGCGACUCGCUCUCUCGCGACUAAUGUAUUACACGAUGUUGUGCGUAGCUUAAAUGUGACAUGUAUAAGAAAUUAUAAAUUUCUAUAUGAAAUGUAUUAUUGAUGUAUUAAGAAAUUAUAGUAUCUAAGAAAUAGCUUUUUAUGCUUCUUAAUCCGAUGACACGGUUCGUUAUUACUUUUAUUGUUUUAAAUUUCAAUCGCUAUAAAUACUUGGCCUAAUUUUUGAAUUAAUUUAGAUCACAUCUUUUAAUUCAUUAGGUACAAGUUAUCUCGAAAUGUCUGCUUCAACAAUACUUCAAUGGUUAGCUUUAUUUGUUUUAUUGGUAACUUUAUCGGUCACAGGGACUCGAUCUAGCGCUAGCUUACCUACAUCAUGCAAUGUAAGUGAACGAGUAUUGUUCAAUCAAACGUACACCUAACGAUGGCUUACGGUGAACUUUUCCAUGAUUAUUAACUAAUGCUUAGAAUUUAUUUUCAAUUUAAUAUUUCUCAUUUCCUACAUUGAAUCCAUUUUGCGAAUCAUAUUAUGUAAAUAUGAAAAAUUAAUUUGAUACAUUGAUAUUGUUUAAUAAUGAUAUUGCAAGCUGACAGUCACCUCGUAUUUACACACAUUUACUUACUAGUAAG